AUGUCAUCUCUCAACAUUUGUGGUUUCUUCUGCCUGGCUUCUGGGCAUUGUGUGUCUAGCACGAAGCCCAAUUCUACAUUUAAGACCUAUUAUUGCAUCUACGACACCACAGUCCAGUGUGCAUCUGCCGCUGCUGUUGGUGCUGAACUGCGUAUCUAUAGCCCGAUGAAUGAUGUCAUCCUCACUGACAACAUGAUUGCAUUGGUGUUUGCAAGAGCUCAUAUCCUCUCCAGUGGUGGUACAGUUCUUCUUGAGGCAUCUCACCUUUAUCCCUUUCCCCAUGAUCUGAGUAGUGAUAGCUAUGAAGAUACGAUUGCGAAUGUUCCAUCUGCAUUCAUUUUUGGUGUUGGGACUGUUGGUGGAGGGUAUGGCAUGCUUGAACGUCCGGCCAAGUUCAGUGAUGCUCCCGUGGAGAAGAUCAAGGUAUUUGACAUUAACAUAUCGGACUAUGUCCGCAACAGUACGAGGCUGUCUAUUAUGCAACUCAUGCAAGUAGGCCCGCACUGGAUGAAUGCUCGGGUUCCGAUUGCGGGAUCUACUGUGCACUUUUUCGGUCCAUGCUGGUUGAUUGACCCUACUGGGAAGAUUGCAAUUAGCAUCGAGUCUAUCGUUAUGAACCUUGGUGGACCUUCGGUGCCUCCCCAAGUUGCACCUCCUCCUGACUUCAGUUCACCUUCGAAGUGCAAGUGCUAUGUAGCAUUUCCAUCCACUACAUCAUCAUCUGUUCUCUCCGCGCAGCCUGGUACUUUGGCUAUGUGA